GAUAUGUAUGUAAAAGAAUCUAUCAAAUACGAUACCUACAAAUACGUAUAUCAACGACUUUGCUGCCACCGACUUCGAUUUCACUGCUUUCGCCGCCACCGCUGUCGCACCGAGCACUCGAAUUCGUUAUGGCGGCGAUGAACACCAUCCUGUUCGUUCCCGGUGCCUGGCACAGGGCCAAGUGCUUCUCUGAUGUAGCCGCUCUGCUCAAGCAAUCCGGCUACAACACCGAAUUGAUCGAGCUACCUUCAGUCGGACCUUCCAAGCAUCUUGAAAACUUUGACCGCGAUGUCGCCGUCAUCCGCGAACGCGUCGAGAAAGCCCGGGCUGCCGGUCAGAAGGUCACAAUCGUUGCGCACUCGUACGGCGGUCUUCCCACCACCGAGGCGGGUAAAUACUUUACGCGCGGAGAAGUCUCCCAGCUCGUGUACCUGGCUUCGUUCAUUAUUCCCGAGGGCUCGUCGUUGAUCUCAGCGUUCGGCGGCAACGACCUCCCGUGGUUCGAUGUCUCUGAAGAUGGCACCGAAGUCCGUCCCAAGCAUCCCGAGGCGAUUUUCUACAACGACAUGUCCGAGGAAGCACAAGCAAACGCCGUUGCCAACCUCGCGCCGCACAGCUAUCGCGUCUUUCACAGCGCGUUGACGUAUGCGGCGUGGAAGCACGUCCCCACUACCUACGUAUACUGCUCGCGUGAUGCUGCUAUACCCCUGGAGAUUCAAAAGACCAUGGUCGAACGCACGGCACAAGGGUUUCCGAUCAGGACGCAGGAGCUGGAUGCGAGUCAUAGCCCGUUCCUCAGUUUGCCUCGAGAGACGGCCGACGCGAUCGAGAGGGCGGUGCUAGGUGGAUAAGUUGGAAUGUCUGUGGGGCCAAUUCAAACACAGGCGGGCAUAGAUGCGGCUCGGUGGUCCUUUGCUGCGGAUUCGAUCGAUACAUAUAGGCGAUGGUUACAUGUAGGCGUUGGGCACACUACGAGGGGGUCACAGCACAGUGUGUGUAGCUGUCUGGAAUCUGCGGCGACCUCGCCAAAACAUUAAGCUGUCCUAGC